UGCAGUCCCGUCAUGCGUCUUUGGAGUGAUUAGUGCGUAUGCGCGGCCCAGCCUACAUCCUGUCCGCUCCUGAUUGCCUGCGGAACAAAUCACAUUUUUUUCCAGCACGCGCUCCAACGGAGAACAGCUUUCGUGAGCUCAUAGGCUGGACAGACAGUGUGACAUCAGGAGGACUGCAGGUGGACCGGGGCGGCGCGAGGCUGCGAGCAGCAAUGCGCGCAUCUUCCGAGCCGAGCGUUCUGUGAGGAGGAUCAAGUCCUAAACAAUUUCCAACCAUAUGUGCAUGGAGAACUGCGUCACUGCGUGCAGGUAGGCUGCAAAGCUGCUCUCCCGCCGGCGGAGGGAAGCAUGCUGAUCGCACGCCCAGUGCCGUCGGUAAGCCUUUAAGGAUUCACCGGCCAUGGAUUCGGCGGACAUAGAUCCGCCGCUGGGAUCCACAUUUUGCUCAGCACCCAAUUUAGACUCGGACAUCAAUGCAAACGCGAGUAGGCCCAUUUUUGAGAAUGGGGCAGAUUACAACGUCAGCAUCCAAAACGCAGCGCUGCGAGGAGCCAGCGACCCCAGCGCGUACCCGUCCACGGACUACCGCGGGCUGCUCCGCCAGAGGUUCGUCCGGAGAAGUUUGUGGGUGUCGGAUUCGGAGGAGCAGCAUCCGCUGGACACGCAGGAGUGCGUCAGCAGCAGCCCGGCGCUCAACAUCGACCUGCGGACCAUCGUCGGUCGUAAUCAGACCCGGACUCCAGCAGCCCGCCUGGGCCUCCAGGGGAGUUCCGGUACGGAGAGCCAGCUGGGGCCGAAGGACAGCGCCACAGAGAGCGUGAGCGCCGACAAAGAGCAGGGAGACGGGAGCGAAACCGAGCCAAGACCGGGCGCUGCGCCCUCGGAUGGCACCGGGAAAGCGGGGAGUGACGAGAACGAAGAAGAACCCGGGACGAAGGCUGUGUCCACCUCACCCGGGGGCCGCUUUCUUAAGUUUGACAUUGAGCUGGGGAGAGGAUCCUUCAAGACCGUCUAUAAAGGCCUCGACACCGAGACCUGGGUCGAAGUGGCAUGGUGUGAACUCCAGGAACGGAAAUUGUCCAAAGCUGAGAGACAGCGGUUCAAAGAGGAGGCAGAAAUGUUAAAAGCUCUCCAGCAUCCGAACAUUGUGCGAUUUUAUGAUUUCUGGGAAUCACCUUUGAAAGGGAAGAAGUGUAUCGUUCUGGUGACAGAGCUAAUGACCUCAGGGACACUGAAAACGUAUCUGAAGCGCUUUAAGGUGAUGAAGCCUAAAGUUCUUAGAAGCUGGUGUCGACAGAUUCUCAAAGGCCUCCACUUUCUUCAUACAAGGACUCCUCCAAUCAUCCACAGAGACCUGAAAUGUGACAACAUCUUCAUUACUGGUCCUACAGGCUCUGUCAAAAUAGGAGACCUGGGCCUGGCAACACUCAAAAGAGCCUCAUUCGCCAAAAGUGUUAUUGGCACUCCAGAGUUCAUGGCCCCAGAGAUGUAUGAGGAGCAUUAUGAUGAGGCUGUGGAUGUCUAUGCUUUUGGGAUGUGUAUGCUUGAGAUGGCAACAUCAGAAUAUCCCUAUUCUGAGUGCCAGAAUGCUGCUCAGAUCUACCGCAAAGUAACCAGUGGGGUGAAACCAGCCAGCUACAGUAAAAUCAGUGACCCAGAAAUUAAGGAGAUAAUUGGGGAGUGUAUCUGUCACAGAUGGGAGGAAAGGUACUCCAUCAAGGACCUGUUGAAUCAUGCCUUUUUUGCAGAAGAUACAGGUGUCAGGGUGGAGCUCAAUGAAGAAGAUGAUGGAAAGAAGUCAUCCAUAGCCCUCAAGCUGUGGGUAGAGGAUCCUAAAAAGCUGAAGGGGAAAUACAAAGACACUGGUGCCAUUGAGUUUACGUUCAAUUUGGAGAACGAGGUCCCAGAGGUUGUGGCCCAGGAAAUGGUGGAAUCCGGCUUUUUCUUGGACUGUGAUGUAAAGGUAGUCGGAAAGUCCAUUCGGGACCGUGUUGCUCUGAUCAAAUGGAGAAGAGAGCGGACUGUUUCAGCAGGGAAUGGUGAAGCAGCUGUGAAGAAGCCUCAGCAGAACCUUCUCCAGGUUCCCUGUAUGGGAGUGCCACAGGCCACCACAUUAGCCACAGCAGAUCAUGAAGACCCAGAUUUGGAACAGCAGACUUUGAUCUGCACUGUGCCAGCUGUCACGACUACUACAUCUGACACCAUGCCUAUAGUUGAUUUAAACAGUCAACAAAAUGGCCCUUACGACUCCCUUCCAGAGCCCAUUUCUAGCAUUGAGAGAGUCUACAGCACCCCAGCCCAGCCUGAUCCUCAGCUGCAGCAGGUGUCCUACCAGCAGUGCACAGCACAGCCCUCACAUGACAUCUACAACCAAGCAUCCACACAACCGGUCCAGGCAGCCGAGCAGCAAAUCACAGGUCAGCAGCAUCCCGGAGCCUAUCAACAGCCUGCAGCACAAAUGCACAAGGGGCCUUAUCAGUCUCAAACAGGAAAUGCACACCACUACAGUGACCCUUUUGUAUGCAGUGACAACGGCAUUAUGAAGGGGAGCACAGGGUGUCUUAGACGUGGAAGUACCUCCCUGAUUGAGCUGUUACGGUGUCCCACACAUGAUCUACACAGAGAACCCUCAGAGAAUCCAUCGCUGUUAACUCCUCUUUUGCUCUUCCAUCACCGCUGUCAUCAUGACUUAGCAAGUCAUUGCAUUUCAACUCCUCCGCUCUUGAAUUUACAGCGUCCUUCAGAGCCCCGUCUGAGCAUGCCAUGCAGCUCACACCUGCACCACCGCUGCAAGGCAUGCACGUCUCACCUCCUGAGGGACAGGGCGACACGAAGCGGAUCUUUAGGACACUCACAUGCACCUUCUUUCUUCUCAUCAGCCCACUUUCCUCCAGCAUAUUCACCAGUCUCACCCACAUCUCCCAACCUUGCAAGGGUUCCUCCAUUAGCCUCACGCACUCUCUUGCCGUCAGCCACUUCUAAGACAGCACCAGGGUGUGCUCUGGUGGCUUCACCCACUCCAAAUGUACUCCCAAGGAGCUUCUGUGAAAGCAGAGACCUCACUCUUCUCAACCACUGUCUCCAUCACAUCAUUGGCCGCAGGACCAGCUCCCCAACUUUAUAUGAGCGAGGACCCAGUUAUCUGGUGCACAGCCACAGGGAGGUGGUGGGUGUUACCUCCUCAGUAGGUGACCAUACAGGCAAGACCCAAAACCUGGAUGGUACAGUUUUCUCGUGGUCACAUCUGGACAAGAAGCUGCUAUUUAUGCCACAUGAAGGUGAAGGCAGACCAGAUCCAGUGAUGGUUUCUGCUCCAGCUACGCCGGCACCUUCACUGCACCCCAACAGACAGACGGCACAGAACUUCCCAGCAGCAGCACCCCCUCUGCAGACACAGCUUACCGCUCAGCUUAGCCAAGAGCAGUCUUUAUCUGCUGACCAGCCUGGAUCUCACCUGAGUCCUCUUGAUGGUACUAGUUUUCCGCAGUCAGUCUCCGGUGGUCCUGCGCCUCUCCAGCCUCUGCCUAUCAACACGCAGAUACAGACAGCUGUUCCCCAGGGAAAUCUGGGAGAUGUUCAGAUUUUGGACCCAGUCCAACCCAUCCUUCCUGGUGUUGAGCCUUCUAUAUGGGGAAAUGGGAUGGAUACAGAAACUGCUACAACUGUGGAGCAAGCUGCUGCUGCUAAAAUUCCAGUUCCAGUCCAAGUUGAAACUCAAGCUCCAGCACACAGUGUCACCAUGGCCCCGACACAAGACCAUGCGCCAGUGCAGCUGCUGACUCAAGUUGCAGCAAUGUCUCAAACUCUAGCUUCAAAUCUUGUUACAACUCCGAGUUCAGUCUCAGAUCAAGCUCCAACUGCAGUGGUCACUCCAGAAUCAGCUCAAGUUCAAGCUCAGUUCACAAUAAACACACCAGUUCCUGUAUUGGGGCCCUCUUUCGAAUCACCCAAAGGUUCACCUACCAAUUUAGAAACAUCUACAGCAGUUGGUAGACCACAGCCAUCAGUCCCAGGUUUAGUCUUGGCCCCUGUCAUACAUGCUGCAGUACAAAGUACCGGCCCUGCUCUCCCUCCACCUCAUGCUAUAGCUUCAGUCCCAGCUCCACUUCUUCAGUCUGCUGGCACCCAGACAACUGUACCUGUACCUGAGGAGGCCAGCCUGGCCGCAGAUCAACAAACCCUAGAAACUGCAUCUAGCAUACUUCAACCAGAGACUUGUAUAGAGGAUGUCCAUGAAAAAACAGGACCAUUACACAGCUCUGCCUAUGACAGUGUCAACUCUGAUGUUGCAUCGGGUAAGGAAACAAGUGACGGCUAUGACAGUUUGGCUGGUGUGGGGAAAGGGGAUGGAAAACCCAGGAAACACCAUCGCAAGUCUGCCCGGAUGCGGUCUCGACAAGAAAAGACAAGCAAACCCAAACUGAGCAUGCUCAAUGUUUGCAAUACAGGUGAUAAAAUGGUUGAAUGCCAGCUGGAGACUCACAACCACAAAAUGGUGACAUUUAAAUUUGAUCUGGAUGGAGAUGCUCCUGAAGAAAUCGCCACCUAUAUGGUAGAAAAUGGCUUCAUCUUGCUCUUCGAGAAGGAGAUCUUUAUUGAUCAGCUCAAGGACAUUGUGGAUAAGGCUGAAGACGUGCUGAAUGAGGACAUGGAGGGUGAGACAGUCUCUGCCUUGAGUUGUAGUCCUCAACAAGGCUUUUGUUCUGAAGGACUGGUAAGCGAGAUUCAGCAACCCGGAGUAACUCAGCCUGUCUAUCAACAGAAUGUUCUCCACACAGGCAAAAGAUGGUUUAUAAUCUGCCCCGUUGAAGAGACUCCCACAUCAAGUCAGGAGAUCAUGUCAGAUGGUACAACCACACAGUCCCCUGUGAGUUCGGCUCAUACCCAUCCUGACAGCAGUACUCCGAGACCGCCUACAUCCAGAGCUGAAGAUGGUUCAUCCUCCACAAUGUCUGGUGGAAGUGGCGGCUUCUCCUAUGAUGUACAUGGAUUCUGCAGUCCUCCAGUAAUGUCCAACACAGACCCACUCCUCUUGGCCAUCCUGUCUCCUCCUGUGUCAGCACCACCAACUCUUCAAUCAGUAACUGCAGUGGAGCCAGUCAGCAGCACAAUGCAGUCUAGCGUGUAUAAGGCCAGGCCAACCAGGGCUCAGACUUUGCCUCCAUCUUCUACACACGAAUCUUUCCCAAUGGAUGAGUCACAAGGAUCACCUCUGGGCUCCUUCUCACCCAUCCAUACAGCUCAGCAGUGGCAGAGAUCGGAUGUUGCUGUUUCUACGGCAGAGGGUCCCUGUUGCCCUCUGGUCAUGCCCUUAUCCCUGGAUGUGAGUAGUUCUCGAGCUGGAUCUCCCCUUACGCCUCUCCCACUCCAGGAUUCAGUUUUGGGCAAAGAGCCACUGUCUGUCUCCUAUUCCUCUGCAACAUUGAGUGAGCGCCCACAACCAACCGUGGUGCUCCACCAGCCUUUUUCCAUUGUGAGUGGGACUAAAGUGUCAUCACUACCCCAGAGCCCAGCACCAUCCCUGCACACUGCAGGGCCUGGUGAGUCAGAUGGAGAAGGACGACUGGUUCGUGGGGGUUUUGUGGACAGCACCAUAAAGACACUUGAUAGAAACAUAAGAAACUUGCUAUACCAAGAAUAUGCCCCCAUGUAUCCAUCAGGUGGCACUGCAGAGACACCAGGCUCCGGCACGGGUACAUCCAGUCCUCCUCCUGGUCCAGAUAGUGCUGCAGGCGGGUCAGGAAACAGUACUCCAGGGCCAAUGGGGGAAGUACGCUAUAGAGCAGGAGAACAACUGCCUCAAAUUCCAGAGAGAAUGGACAGUCUGAGCACACUCAGUGACUCAGCUGUGUGUGCCUCCCUGACAAGGAGACACAUUCCUCACUCUGCUUCCUGCUCUGGAACAAGAGGAAGAUUUAAGAUAAUCUCUGUUCCUCCAGAUGUAGCCAAUAGACCAGAUGUGAAACAAAGGAGCUGGAGUAGUGCUGCUUCUCCAGCUCACCAUACAGACCACAUCAGGGAUCGCAGUCAAUCUGAAGUCAUGGCUGCAUCCACAACUAUUGGCCGUUUCUCUGUUGUUAGCACUGAAGAUGAUAUCACACUAAGGACACGCUGCAGCCGCUACUCUGCCCCACCUGAUUUCUACCUGGAUACACCCGCUGCUGUGAUAAAACAGGGUUCCCUGCCACGUGCCCAGACCUCAGCCUCAGUCCCUGUUGAUGUCACGGUCCAUCCUCGGUUCCUCUCUUCAGACUCUGGUGCUGAGAGCAGUCCUGUAAAGCUGCCUCCUGCCACCCCAUCUCAACACAUGCGCUCAGAACGCAGAGGAAGUGACCUCAUGAAGAGGGCGGUGGCCUUCCUCCGUCGCUCUGGGCGCAGCAGCAGCGUGCAGAGCUCUGACUCGCCAAACAGACAUGUAGGCGUACAUGGUUCAGCUUAUGCUAGCAGUGAUAAUGACUCAGAGAUGGAGGACUCCGAUAUGAAGAGAGAACUGCAGAGACUCAGGGAGAAACAUCUUAGGGAGAUCUCUGAGCUGCAGGCGCAUCAGAGAGGGGAGGUGGAGUUGUUGUAUCGCCGCCUUGGCAAAGUCCCACCUCCUGGCUUGGGCCUCUCACAUGCCGCACCGCCCACAGGCCGCCGGAAGAGGUCUAGCAAACACAAGCUGAAGGCUGGCAAACUUCUUAGCCCUCUGGUUCAGCAGUUUAGAAAUGUCACAACCAAAACUUGUGAUUCGAGCAGAGCUGGAGAACCAACAGCAAGUUUGAAUGGAUCUCCAGCCAAAGGUUUUGUCCAGGCUCAUGGUAGGGCGCGCUCAUGCACCAGCUACCUUCCAAAUUCUGCCACAGAGCCUGUGCAGACGCAGCAGCCAUGCUCUCUGAAGGGCUCCGUGUCUUCUGAUAACAUCUAUGCUGGGCUCCCUGCACAAAGUGUGGGCACACAAGCUGCCCAGGACAAGGCUGGUCUAAUUACACACAACCACCUGAGAGAGUCGCCUAUAAAUCCAGUAGCAAGCCACGAGCUAGAUUUCUCAGGUCAACACUGAAGAGACUGUGUCUUGGCAAAGAGCGUAGCAGCAGCACUGGACCAGGAUCAGGAACAUUCAAUCAAUCACAGCAUCUGCCA